UAUUAAUAGUACUUCUGAAGUACGACAUAGUUGUUGUUUUUUUAGUGAGGUGAAAUGUACCCGUAUCACCCCCUCACUCCACCAACGGAAGUGCAUGUUGAAGGUGCAUGGGGGCUUGUGAACUUUGUCCAUUCAUGUCUUGAAUCCAUAUCACAUACACCCGCCACGACUUGGUGUCAAACACGUACAGUGCCCCGUACAUUUCCAUGGUCAAUAUCCCCGUGAGGACGGCAGAGGCCUUGUCCAAGUACCGAGUGCCCAUGUGAUCCCAGUUGGUGGACGAGAACUGGUGCUUGGCGGCUGCAUAGAGGAGCAAAGAAGCAUGCGGCUGCUGAGGUUUCGUCCCAUGUUUCCAAUGCCGAAACCGUUCCGCCGCAUAGCACAAGCCGCAACACCCAAACACCAACGCAAUCAGGCUGCAAAGGUGAUGCAAGCUUCCAAUUUCUACGACGCCACUGUGGCACACGACCUCAAAGUCCACGGUUACCACGGUGCAAUUCCGGUCCAGGGUUACCGAUUGACUGGGGGGCGCUGCAAACACCCACACGGCCGACGCAAUCCACGUGACAAAGUAGCUCGUAUUCGCAUAUUUGGCCGUAAACGCCUUGGUCGCGACUGAAAACACAUCAUUGACGAUGUACACCAUCCAAUUGAGCUCACCCGCGGCCAGAAUGACCAUGUACCAAGGCCGUUGUACCGAUUCAAAGUACGACACAAGCCCAUCCAGUGGUCUCUUGAGCACCAACGUGGACGUGGCCAAGAGGCAAACUGCACUAAGGGCACGAAGGAAGAUGAGCCACCGGCCAAUCCACACGAGGCCAGCAAUGCGGCUGAACACGACCAUGUUUGCCGCUUCAACUUGCCCUUUCAACGCGAUGAUGUAGACGCACACGACGCUGGCCACACACAACAUGACAAGGGUGAUGUACUGAACCAAGUACCGGAGGUAGUACGCGACGUUGGAUGGCACUUCCAUUGGGUUCACGGGGGCGUCCAGCGGGUUUGUCGCCAUGGACAACACCGUCAACGUGCCGUUGUCACCUUGAAAUGACACGACCUCCCGCACCCCCUGGACCCAAUCAAAUGCAUACAGCCACGCAUACACUUCAAAAUCGACCUCGGUCUCCACGAAAAGGGUCAUUUGGCUGAGCGAAAACGUCAGGUUCGGGCGAAUGAAUUGGAUCAUCUGAACGUGCAGUUGAUCUCGAACAACCGCUUUGACAAUCUGCGCUUGGGUGUAAAAUGUCGUGGCCAAGGCCGGGUCGAAGUAGGUACGCAGGAACGCUAUAGAGGCUUCGAGGGCAGCGAGGGUGCUGGUGGGGUUUCUGAAUUCAAGACGUGUCACAGCGGAUACACUGACGUUCUUGACAGCGACGAGGGCCGUCAUGAUUGCUUUCGUGUCCCCGAUGAUAAAUUCCUGCAAGUUCAAUCCGCACGAGCCCCCAGAACUGAACGCGAGGCCAGGAAUCUUGCUUGUGGCAGCACUUGGAUUGAAUUCACAGAGUACGUUGCCCCCACCAAGGGCGACCGAGUUCCACAUCUUUGGUCGAGGGGCGAUGGUGUACGAGGUGUAGAUGGGCCACAUGGCGUGCUGGGCAUCCUGACGAGACGCGAAAAGCUCCAUGAGUGCCAACGUUAUGUUCUUGUACAAUCCGCGCAAGGCCAAGGGACAUGCGACGCGUUUCAUGGUGACAGAUCCGAAUGGCCCGAGAUAACGUUGAAUUAAAGAAAAGCCAUUGCCCAGGGGCGGCACGAGGAGGCCACCGUCGACCAACGACUGUUCGGCAGUCACAUUCAAAUAGGCAAACAGAGGGCUGUCUCGCACGAGACUCUUGCCAUGGAUGCGGCUCGUAGCGUUGGACAGGACGGCCAUUAAGUCAUGGGCGAAUGGGCGUUGCAUUUUGAGAGAGGUUUGCACCGACAAUUGAAGCGAUCCAUUCGAGUACUUGAGCGUGAGGGGGUACUUCCACCCAAACGCAUUUCGGAUCGAAAACGUCUCCACAACCCCCAGGCUCUUGUAGUUUUGCCACUGAGUCGAGUAGCUCGACAGGUUGGCGUUCGACCAAUGCCCUACUUCGUCUAAAACCGACGUCGUUUCCAUUGAAUGGCUAGUUCUCGACAGCCACGCCAACCCGUCCAUCGUGGUUUGCAAAUACGUGAACACCCCAAUGUCCAACGCUUCCCCCCAACAACUCGACAACUGACUCCAGUCGGUGUUUCGAAGGACUGAUUCCAAGUACACCGCAGCAUUGCUCUGGUCCGUCGCACAUCGCCGUUGCUUGGCGGCUGUGUUGGCCAUAUCCCAUCGUCUGCUAAAGUCCACGUAGCAAUACGCUGUCAUAAUCCACGGAAUGGCGCAGCUGUCCAUUUGGCGUAAACUUUGAACAACGUUGCCGAGCGAGUUGGCUUCGUCUUGGACGGACAUGGCGUACAGUGGGGCUAUUUGGAGUGCCGUGGCGGACGCAUUCGUGGUCAACGCCAGAGUGCCUUGCUCGAGGGCCGUGAGAUCGACGUUGCUGGCAAAUUGGUGGAGUUGCAGAUUCUGGUUGAACCAGUUGCUCAAGUGCACUUGCGUGUUUGUGUCGAACGACGCCCACCAGAAAUCGUUGGACAUGGCCGAUUGCGUCAGCUGGAAGAAUGCAUACGAACCUAAAAUUGACGUGACCAUGUACAGCAACCCGACAAAGCCAAGCCAUGCAUGCUUUCGCCCAAACAUCGGCGGCGGCGUCGGGCCUGACACUUCGUGUUGGAACGUGGCGUCGCGGAAGGACAUGCGUCGGGUGUUGCUUUUGUUGUGGCGCAUCACAGUCGCCCAAAUCUUAAAGUCAAACAGGGUUUGUUUCCACGGCAACAUGCCCGACAUCACGCACGUCACUGCGUCGAAAUCUCUGGACGAUGCAGAUGGCCCUGACGAGUGCACGAAAAACGCCUCGGCCGCAGCGGGGAUGAGCACAUUGUUUGGAGCUGCCGUUAGAGGGGGGUGUCGACUGGGGUACCUCCGCGCAUACGUCACCAUGGCCACUAGUGCUACAACAAGUGACGCGAACUGGAGCCCGAGGAGGUGGGCCACACGCUCGCCACUGCCAAGUCGCACUUCUCCACCCGUGCAAGCCACGCCACGACGAAAAGAUGUGAACGUGCAGUCUUGGGCAACGUUGGCUUGCACUUGAUACGGAGAGGCGACGUCCAGACUGACCACCGCGGUGAAAGCGAGGACGCUGCUGAUUGGUGCGAUGUUGGAUGCAAUCUGCAGCUGGAUGGUAAACGGCAACAAUAUAUCGUUCAGGACGUAGACGACCCAGAGGGAUUCGCUGUACAGGAGCAGCUGCGAUGUCCACUCGCGUUGAUAAGGCGUAAACGAUGUCACGUGGUGGGGCGUUGUGCUUAUGGUGGCUGGAGCUGUACUCAAGAUGAUAAUGGCCGUGACGCCCCGAACAAAGAGCAACGGACGACCGAUCCACACGCUGCCAAACACGCGAUUGAAGUGGAACAGGUUGCGGCCUUCGAUCUGAAAUUUAUUCGCCGUGGCGUAUACAACCAACAAAGUCGAGACUAAUGCAGCCAAGACGCUGACCCACAACGCUGCCGUCCAAAAAUACAGGCACGCAGUCUUGGGAAGCUCCAGCGCGUUCGCGGCCACUGGAAUGUUGUCGCUGCGAGUGGACAUCAGCGUGAGGGAUCCAGCGUCGCCUUCGAACGUAAACACUUCCCGAGUGCCGUGGACCCAGUCGUACAAGGCAACCCAUCCAAACAAAUCCCACGCUCGGUCAUCACCAAUGAUCUGCUGGGUCAGCAGAAUGUUCUUGGUAGCGUUGAUCGUGGCCAUUUGGAUGAACAAGAU